GGCGCCCUACAAUUGUAGGGACGACUGACGAUACGGGCCUAAGACCAUUCCUCCUCAAUUCCAACGAUAUCGUGCUCUAAGAAGGUCUGUAUUGACGAGCCAGUCUCCUUGUUGGCAUUUCAACCUGAUUUUUUGCUCUUCUCACCAAUCUAUCUGACGUCUGUGCAGUAAAUGCACGUGGUCUUCCACCUUUUGGGAAAUUCAGACAUGGUUCUGCGUGAUAUGUUUUCAUUAUGGAAUAUUCAGAUUUUAGCUUUGGGUACCCGCCCAACCAACUUGUAGAUACUUUUUUUAUUUUUUAAAUUAUACAUCUUAAAUCGAAAACUUCAAAAUAAAUAAAUGUCAAUUGACAGUCAAGUAAGUAAACACAAUUUUGUUCCCAAAGGCAACUUGAUAUUAUUUUGUGUUUAUUAAAAUUGAAGCCAAUAACUUUUGUUCCAAAACUCUUACGACAUAAGUUAUAGGGCUAUUCGACAAUUUACUGCUCUCGCAUGUCUGUUAUGUCAGGCGACAAGUCAAUAAGGUAAUUUUUCUCAAUUGAGUGAGCAUAUAAACGCACAUAAGCUGGGCCUUGCAUUUGUUCUCAGCUUAUAGAAAUGCCUGUAAGCUUUAUGUAAAUGUAAGGCAUGUACUAGCACAAGUUAUGCGGAUUUGUAACGAAAUUCACCAUUUUGUUCCAGAGAUAAUCCCUUAAAAAUUCACAUGGGCUGUUUUUCUAUUUUCUCGUAUUAUUUCAAUUUUCGUCAAAAAUAAGUUUAUAGAAACUUUUGAAAACUGAUACUGGAGACUUGAGGGGUAUUUAACCGUCACCUUGUAAUUUUGAUAAAAUCCACCAUACGUGUUUCAUAGUUGAUAUAUCUGUGACCUGCGUAGAAUUGAUGUUUGUCCAUUCCACGAAUUAGGAAAAUAUAAAAAAAAACUGGUCGUAUGAAACUUAAGCAGCUUUAAAACGAUAUGACACAAUUUGGUAAUUUUCUGUUUCGACUUUUGAAUAUUUAGCGGAGAGGCUAAUAAAUUUUUAGGUUCUAGCGUACUUAACUUCUCGGUACGGAACUGAUUACGACAUCUCGUACAUACCGAUUUCAUUCUUGCUAAGCGUGUUGAUAUGGUUGAACGUGCUACGGUUUGAGGGUUCUAUAUCCGAUUAUCUCGCUACUCAUAUUAAACCCUAAAGCGUAGACGAACAUGUAAAACAUCCAAACGAACGAAACAACGAUGACGAAGUACUACAGUGUCUUGCUAUUGCUGCUUUUGGCCCUUGUUAGGCCAUCUUUUUCUCAGGUCCACUAUGUACCUGCCCAAAUUCUGAUACCAACCUUCAACGGAACUCCACUAGCCACAGUCAACCAUACGAUCCCCAGAUAUCCAGCACAGCCAGUGUACAACCAACCACAACCAUCCUACAACCAUCCCCAACCGCCUUAUAAUCAACCAUCCUACCAAUAUAACUCACCGGUAGCACAGAUUCCCCCCGCUCAAGUUGGAUGGAACCACUGGAAUCCGCAACCAUCUUACAACUACACCAAACCAGGUGUCAAUAGCCCUUCUUACGGUUACAACUAUAAUAGUGUCAAUUACCGCUACAACAACUCUAACAACUCGCGGGAUUAUAAUUCUUCUCAAGAUGGUCAUCUGUGGGUGGGAACCAUCCAGCCUUUCGACAGAUUGUUGUUCAAUCAGGAAUAUUUCAAGACUAGCCGAUGGUGGGGCUCCAGAGAGAAAAUAGUGGAGUACCCCAAGGAUCUGCCUGCGGGCUAUAACCGACAUGAAACCAUCACGGCCAUCCGAUGCUACAACAAAUUCUACGACGGGAACACGGCUAGAGCAGAAAUAGUGGACGGUGGUAUUGGUAGACAAUAUGUCAAAAUCAAGAUCUACUCAAAAUGGGGAAAUGGAUUCAGAUACCUCGUACAGAUAUUUGGUCACUAAGUAAAAUAAAGUUGUACAUUUUAAAUACUGAUUCCACAAUAAAUGCACCAAAAUUAUUUUCUAGUUUUUUUAUGAACUGCUUGAAAAUUCAAGGACACGGUCCAUAGAAUCCAAC